UUUUUAAUUAUUUUAUCAAUUAUAAUAAUUUUUGUAAAUUUUUGCCAUUGGUAUGUUUAUUAUUGUUGUUUUUGUAAAAUUCUUAUAAUUUUAAUUUUGUUUUAUAUUUUUUCAAGUUUAUUAUUUCGUGAUAAUGUAAAAUUUCGUCAUCCACAAAUCAACAAUAAUAAUGAUGUUGAUAAUAAUGAUAAAUGUUCGAAAUUAAUACAAAAAAUUAAUGAUACACAUUUGAAUCGUGCAUUCAUUGAAGCAUUAUCCAUUCAUAAUCGUAUUAGUGAUUUGGAACAGGAUUUAGAUCGUAAACAUUUGGAUACAAUCAAUACAACAACCAUUACAUCAUUAGCACGUCAUAUAAUACCUGCUAAACAUCAACAUGAAAUUCUUGAACUGCAUCAUGAACAACGUCCAUAUGAAGAAGCGUCGAAAAUUAUUGCCAAAAAUUUUUCAUUAAGUUUGGAAAAAAUUCGUGAUCUAAGCCAUAUAUCAGCCACUAAUCUAACAAUCGAUCAUCAACAUUAUCGUUCAAAACGACAAACAUGUAAACCACCGAUAUUCUGUAAUCGUAAUCGUUUUCGUACAGCCGAUGGUAGCUGUAAUAAUUUACGUAAUCCACGUUGGGGAAAAUCAUUUGAAUGUGUUAUUCGUUUAUUGGAUCCUGAUUAUUCUGAUGGUAUUUCGAAACCACGUUUAUCUGCAUCAGGUAAUCCAUUACCGAAUGCAAGAAUGUUAUCCGGUAGAAUACAUCCACAAGAAGAUGCACAAGGAAAUUUUACACAUAUGCUGAUGCAAUAUGGACAAUUUUUAGAUCAUGAUAUUUCAUUAUCACCGGUUAAUCGUUUGAAUCGUGUUGGUAUUAAUUGUUGUCCACGACCAACACAUCCAGAAUGUUUCCCGAUUGAAGUUUUUCCAAACGAUAGUGUAUUUGGACGUGAAAAUAAACGUUGUUUAAAUUUUGUACGAUCAACAUCAUGUUUAACAUGUCGUUUUGGACCACGUUUACAAUUGAAUAAAUUAACAUCGUUUAUUGAUGCAUCAAAUAUCUAUGGUAAUACAAUGGAAGAGACAAGAAAUUUACGUUUGUUUAAUAGAGGAAUGUUAGUAUUCGAUACUGAUCGUCGUGAUAAUAUGAUUUUACCACAAAGUAAUGAUGUACUUAAUGAUCAAUGUUCAGAACCAUCGAAAAGAUCUAUUUGUUUUCGUGCUGGUGAUAAUACACGUGUCAAUCAACAUCCUGGUUUAUUAGUUUUACAUACUAUUUGGCUUCGUCAACAUAAUCGUAUUGCAAAUAUGUUGAUUGAAUUGAAUCCAAAUUGGAAUGAUGAAAGAAUAUUUCAAGAAACUAGACGUAUUAUUGGUGCACAAAUGCAAAUGAUUACCUAUAAUGAAUUUUUACCAAUUGUUUUGGGACAGAAUGCAAUGUCUUUUUAUAAAUUAACUGUACUUCGAAAUGGUUUUACUACAUAUGAUUCGAAUGUAAAUCCAUCGAUAAUCAGUGAAUUUUCAACCGCUGCAUUUCGUUUUGGUCAUAGUUUAAUAAAUGGAAAAUUUACAAUGAUUGGUGCCGAUAGUCGAAGAUCAACAUUCAAUUUGAAAGAUAAUUUUUUUUCACCAUCACGAUUACGUAAUGGUGAAUUAGAUCAGAUUGUACGUGGUUUAGUUGGAAAAAGUGCACAACGAUUUGAUCCAUUUUGUCAUUCAGAUUUACGUAAUAAUUUAUAUAAAUCAAAAAAUGAAUUAAGCGGUUCAGAUUUACCUGCAAUGAAUAUACAACGUGGACGUGAUCAUGGUAUACCUGGCUAUGUACAUUAUCUACAAUUAUGUUUCGAAGAUAAAAUUACAACAUUCGAACAAUUAGAUCAAUAUAUGCCAAAAGAACAACGUCAAAGAUUUCAACAACAUUAUGAUUCGGUUGAAGAUAUUGAUCUAUUUUCUGGUGGUGUUUCUGAAUUACCAUUAAUCGAUGCUGUUGUUGGACCAACAUUUGCCUGUAUAAUUGGUGUACAAUUUAAUCAUCUAAAAUAUGGUGAUCGUUAUUAUUUUGAACAUGAUAAUCAAGAUGGAUCAUUUACAAAAGAACAAUUACAAUCAAUAAGACAAACAUUAUUUUCGAAAAUAAUUUGCGAAAAUGGUGAUGAUUUUCAACGAAUUCAUCGUAAAGUUUUCUUACUCAAUAAUGAAAGGUAAGUGUUUGUAUGUGUGUGUGUAU